UUGAGUUGAUUGAGGCGAACUGAAUUAACGACCACGGAUAAAAUUGAUACUAAAAAAAAUAAAUAUUUAACACUUAACGAAAUGUAAAUAGAAAGUUUAUAAAGAUAUCUAUUCACAUAAUGAAGAAAGUGAAUAGUACUUUGGCUUGUAUAUAUAGAACAUUGGGUUGGUUCCCAGUAGUGAUUAUUAAUGCCAUUGUAGUAUGGUCUUAUUUUGCAUAUGUUAUAAUUUUAUGCUUUGAUAUAGUUAGCAAUGAACUUGAAAGAGGAUUGUAUUUGGUUUUCUUUCAUUUAUUCUUUGUAAUGUUUAUGUAUUCUUAUUGGAAAUCAAUUUUAUCAUCACCAGGAUUUGUUCCUAGCCAAUUUUUCUUUUCAAAAGAAGAUUUAGAAAGAUAUGAGAAUUCUGAGAAUCCACAAGAUGUUGUUAAUGAAAUAGCUAAAGGUUUACCUGUUGUAACAUGGGCGGUUGCAAAUUCUGCAAGAUACUGUGGGAAUUGUUAUGUAGUAAAACCAGAUCGUUCUCAUCAUUGUACCAUGUGUGGAAGGUGUAUAUUGAAGAUGGAUCACCAUUGUCCCUGGGUGAACAAUUGCAUUGGAUGGGGAAAUUAUAAAUAUUUUAUUUUAUUUUUGUUCUAUGCAAUUUUGUUUACCAUGUAUGUGGCUCUGUCAUCUCUCAAAUAUUUCAUUCAAUUUUGGACAGCUCACAGUAGCAAAAAGUCAAAUAGCGACCUUCAUAUUUUAUUUCUUUUCUUUGUUUCUGCUAUGUUUUCAGUUAGUUUGUGGUCACUUUUUGGUUUUCAUUUGUUUUUGUUAUCUAAGAAUCGAACAACUUUAGAAUCUUUUCGUGCUCCAUUGUUUCAUUAUGGAGCAGAUAAAGAUGGAUUUAAUAUUGGGACUAUGAACAACAUUCGACAAGUUUUUGGAAAUACUACAUGGAAAUGGUUUUUUCCCAUUUUUACAACUCUGGGUAACGGUUGUACUUACCUAACAUCAAGAUCCCGAAAUUCUGAAAAUACAGGCUUGUUGCUUUCUAACAACGACGAUGAUGAAGAUUCUUCACAUUUAUCACCACAAACAUCUAGAGACAUUCAACAAUCUGUUUACACUUCAUCUACGUUUGUUAAUGGUGACAUAAAUAUUAAUUUAAAAGACGUGGGAUCAGAUGAUGAAGAAGAGCUCUUUCAUAAAAAUAAACUGAGAUCAUUGUAUCGAGAAACAAACGAAAACUUGGGUUAAAUGUUUGUUGAUUCUAGAAAUGCAUGAUUAAAAUGAGAAAUACGCGUUCGAUUUAUUUUUAUAUAAUUUUUGUAUUUUUUCAUGACUUUUGCAUCAUUUUAUCAGUUAUCAGUGAUGUACCACUUAUGCAACAAUUUUAAAUUAAAAAUUGUCAAUUUUCUCGGCUGCAAAGUGAAACGAAGUCAGGCAUUUUUACAAAAAAUAUUUCUCUAUCGCAUUUAAAGUUAUCAACAUUGGAUCGUUUUCUUAACAUGAAGAUAUUAGAUUUAUAAUUUUUUGUAUUUUUUUAUAAAUUUUUAUUUUAGGU